AUGGCGAACGACGGUAAUGGCGGAAACGACACAGACCCAUUACUCCAAUACUUGAUUAGCCCUAGAACCAACCCACGACCGCCUCUACUUUCCUUACCGGAGCACAACGACGUCACUAUUCCGAUGCCGAUGACACCAUCGGAAUUCAAAAACCGAUUAAUCUUUGGUCCAUUUCCUCGUUCUCAACUAGACACAUCGCUUCUCAUCGACGUAAUUUCUCAGAACACUUCGCCGUCAUCUUCCGCUACAACUUCAUUCUCCGAUUCAUCAACCCUAGACGUUCUCCUUCCGCCUCCGGAACACAAUUUACCUGCCCGAAAACCCAAAUCGACCCACCAUGGAUACCACCGAUCUAAAACAGCUCCUGCUAUGGCUGCGAUCAACGAUCUAACUCACCCAAUGGAUCGCAAAACAGAGCAUUCAGAUUCCAAAUCCAUUGUAAGACGAGCUAUUGCUUUGCUUAUUGUGUAUCUCUCUUUAGGUGUGCUUAUCUAUUGGUUGAAUCGAGAUAGCUACGCAGUGAUUCAUACUCAUUCUGUUGUUGAUGGUUUAUACUUUUGUAUUGUAACAAUGUGUACAAUUGGGUAUGGAGAUAUCACGCCAAAUACCGUUGUUACGAAGCUGUUUUCGAUAUGUUUUGUGCUUGUUGGGUUUGGUUUUAUGGAUGUAUUGCUUAGUGGGAUGGUUCAGUAUGUUCUUGAUCUUCAAGAAAACUAUUUGUUAGAAGCUGCGAAGAACGAUAUUUUGGAUGAGCCGGAUAAAAAGAGAUCGUAUUUAAUCGAUGUUAAGAAAGGGAGGAUGAGGAUUAGGUUGAAAGUUGGAUUGGCAUUGGGUGUUGUGGUGUUGUGCCUUGGAUUUGGAGUUUUGAUUAUGCAUUUCAUUGAGAAAAUAGGGUGGUUGGAUUCGUUUUAUUUCUCGGUUAUGUCGGUUACUACAGUAGGGUAUGGUGAUCGGGCUUUUAAGACAUUGCCUGGUAGGCUUCUUGCUGCGAUUUGGUUGCUGUUUUCUACUUUAGCUGUUGCUCGAGCGUUUUUGUAUUUGGCUGAAGCAAGAGUGGAUAAGAGGAACAGAGAGCGAGCGAAGAGAGUGCUUGGUGAGAACAUGUCUAUCUCUCAGUUCUUUGCUGCGGAUAUUGACCACAAUGGCUGUGUGAGUAAAGCAGAGUUUGUGAUAUACAAACUAAAGAAAAUGGAGAAAAUAAAAGAUAAGGACAUUAACCCGAUCGCUAACCAGUUUGACAAGCUCGACCAAACCAAUAGCGGAAGGAUUACUCUUUUAGAUCUCUUGGAAACCAGCACCAACGAUUUAUACACUGCAACUUCUCUUUAG